AUGGAGGCCGCAGGCCUGAUGGAUGAGUUCCCCUGCCUAGUCAUCCGAGGUGUAUGUGAUUAUGCAGAUUCCCACAAGAACAAGGAGUGGCAACCGUACGCUGCAGUCACAGCAACCGCCCACAUGAGGGAGCUUCUGGAGACGAUCCCCGCGUCCGAGGUUAAACGGACUCCCCCAGCGGCCGAAUCAUUCAAGGACCCUCCUGAUAUGCAAUUUAAAGAUAAAGUUGCCCGGUUGGAAAAGACGAAUCAGCUCCUUGAGCAAAGCAAUCAGUCCCACGCCAAGGAUAUCGAAUCCUUGAAGGCAGAGCUCAAGGCAUCACAAAAGGAAUUCCGCAAGUGGACAGCAAGCGGUGGGCGACCGAUUGCGGGACAACAAUUCGGAGGAAGUGGUGGAGCUGAAAGCAUAAAUCCGAAUGCGGGGUGGGUUGGUAUGAUUAGAAAAGAUGUCGUUGAUGCAGCUAUCAAGGGGAAACAUGACGAAUUUAAAAGGGAUUGUGUCGAAUUGAAAAGGACAAUACUUACUCAAUGGGCCGCUACGGUGGUGAAUGAUCCCUCCGUCGCGAAAUUUUUUGAGCAGUGGUUUCACUCUCCCCGUCUCUUGUAUGUGCCUGGACUCCUAAUACUCACGCUGUUUGGGCGGAUUCUACAAGAGAUGAUGCUGAAAGAUUGCUUGUCUGGUGUGACGAUUGUGCGAGCGGCGGUAAAGCAUACAGUGUAACAACAAGAUACUGGACUCUGUGGGCCCUUUUUGAGUACGUGGGGGUUGUUUCUGCGUUGCGCCGUUGAAAGCAUGAUCAUAUUUAAUUUAUCUUGCUUUCGCUUACAUAGUAUAUUUUCUUUCCUCGGGAUAAUCUCAAUGGAACUACGUUUUGGCUGAAAAUGUUCGGGCAUAUAUAUGUCGUCGAACACCCCUACGGAAACUAUGACAUCAAUGAGUUAUGCACAACAUCGAAAUUCUACUAUAUUUUUAGCGGUGAUGGCUUCUUCAAUUUGAAUCAUCAUCAUAUAUAUGUG